CUUUACCACUCACUGCCCAUUCUUGCGCUGUCUCAACUUCUUUCUCUUUCUCUGUUGUAUGAGUAUGUGAGGGUGUACUCCGUACUGUGGUCUGUAUGUGUGGUAACGGGGAGGAGGACAAGACACACAACCUGCGGAUGACCUGGUCAGUAAUCCUAUUUUCCACCCCACACCAACCCUCUCCCAAUCUUCCUCCCGCCGAAGGCAACAGCUAUUGCUACUGCUUCUUAUGUCGAAUGCGGCAUUUUGAUAAGUACUCAUACCAUCCACAUCCCCAGUCCACCCUUAUCCAUGGCAUGGCAGGGCUGCCAGGUGCCCCGUCAAGCUGUCCGUGGUGGUCAGGGCAGUGACAAUUGAUGUGGUCUGGGCUCCGUCCUUCUGCCUUUUUCCCUUUUCCCUUGCUCGCUCGCCUUAGAAAGGAUCUCGUAUUACCCGGAUCAGCAUCACUUUUUGACGAUCAUCGUCCUGCACUGUCUGAUCGAGGAGGCUUGUUUGCCUGGUCUUGCGCGGGCGCCGGCGCGGGUGUGAGCCAUGAUCGGAUCUCCGGGUCGAGACACGCUCUGAAUCAGAUGCGAAACAACAAUGCCCAUCCCCCCUACCGUACAGUACAAUUUACAUUUGAGGCGACGAGGCCAACAGCAAACACCUCGUCACACCGACAGACAGGCGAAAAGUAAUCCCAAGGCGCCCGGCCGCCCGCCCCCUCCUCCCCGGAAUAUAGUCCUAAAGUCACUUAGUGGCUCGGGCUUGAUCGUCG